AGAGAAGAGAACAUAUGCAGGGGAUAUUUGUCAGAGUUUAGAAACCCCCCUUCCCUUUCAUAAUUCUUUCAGAACCCCUCAGUCACCAAAUGUGAGCUCCAGCCGGAGAAAUAAAUUUCCCGGCUUAUCCUCACGGCGGGCCGGCGUAAACUCUCCGUGUUAUGAUUCUGAUUCCAUGCUUUGCUAUUUGAUUGGUCAUAAAAUUUGAGAUGCAAGAUAUACAUUCGAUAGGAGGGGGCGGCGGCCGGUUCUUCGGCGGCGGCGGCGGCGGAGUAGACCGUCGUCUGCGGCCCAACCUCCACCCGAACAACCAGUCGUUGAAGUGCCCCCGCUGCGACUCGCUCAACACCAAGUUCUGUUACUACAACAACUACAACCUCUCCCAGCCCCGCCACUUCUGCAAGUCCUGCCGCCGCUACUGGACCAAGGGCGGCGUCCUCCGCAACGUCCCCGUCGGCGGCGGCUGCCGCAAGACCAAGCGCUCCAAGCCCAAACCCUCCUCCAAGAAAUCCAACUCCCAUUCCAGCAGCGAGAGCUCCAGUCUCACCGCCUCCACCACGGCCCCCAAAACCCCGCCGGCCACCGCGAGCCCUUCCACCUCGACGCCUACGACAUUACUUAACUUUCCCGAAUCGAGGUUUUUCAGUUUCCCGGUGGACCAUUCAACCGGCGGAGGGGUAUUCACCGAGAUCGGAAGCUUCACGAGCAUGAUGACGGCGGCAAACGACCAUUCGUUUCUAGGGUUCAACAUCGGGGACAUUUCCGGCGCAGGGUACCGGUUGCACCAGGAGAACGAGGGAACAGUCGUGCGGGAUGAAAGGUCGGAACACCAAUGGGAUCAACAGCAGCCGGAGAUGGAGGAGCUGUCGGCCGGGUUUUUGGAUCGGACGGCUCAGAUUGAUUUAUCAGGUACGGAGAACAGGGGGAACCACGGUGGGGUGGGGACACUUGAUUGGCAAGGCGGUGGAGAUCAGGCGAUGUUUGAUCUCGCCGGGACCGUUGAUCAUGCUUACUGGAGUCAAACUCAGUGGCCUGAUAACGAUCACUCUCUGUACCUCCCGUGAUCUCUUACUUACCAAGCAUUACUCUCUCAAAAAAACCCAAGCAAAUUUGGAAUUUGGGAAAAAGGGAGAGGAAUAUGGAUAUUAUGACUUCUUUUUCUUUGUAAAUUUUAUUUAAUUUUUUUGGGUUUUUUUUUUUAAUGGUUUGGGAAAGUGUUUUGUGUGGGCUUUUAAGUGUUAAUUUGCUGCUAACUUGGAUGUGUUUUUUUGAGGGGUUUGGUUUUCAAUGUAUUUGGAAAUUAAGUAAAUCAAUUAUAGAGCAAUUAUAAAGUGUUUUUUUAAA